GACAAGGUUAUAGAAAGUCUGUAAGAGCCUAAAUCCAAUAUUUUUUUUCCUAACUGAAGACAAAGUAAAACGAAAAUUGUAUUAUUUUUGUUAUUUUAUGACUGAAAAACACUGAGCUGUAGUUUUGGAACAUUGCUGAUUUAAAGAAGUUCAUGUGGAAUAUAAGUAGCUGCUGGAAAAAACACUGACAACUUCAAAGCAAAAUGAAGUUCUUUCUGCUGCUUUCAGCCAUUGGGCUCUGCUGGGCUCAGUAUUCCCCCAAUACUCAGACUGGUCGAACAUCUAUUGUCCAUCUGUUUGAGUGGCGCUGGGUUGAUAUUGCUCUUGAAUGUGAACGAUACUUGGCUCCCAAUGGAUUUGGAGGUGUUCAGAUCUCACCACCCAAUGAAAAUGUUGUAAUUUAUAACCCUUCAAGACCUUGGUGGGAAAGAUACCAACCGAUUAGCUAUAAAUUAUGCACAAGAUCUGGAAAUGAAGAGCAAUUUAGAGACAUGGUGACUAGAUGUAACAAUGUUGGCGUCCGUAUUUAUGUAGAUGCUGUAAUUAAUCAUAUGUGUGGUAAUGGUGUGAGUGCAGGAACAAGCAGUACUUGCGGAAGUUACUUCAAUCCUGGCAAUAGAGAUUUUCCGGCAGUCCCUUACUCUGGUUGGGAUUUUAAUGAUGGUAAAUGUAAAACUUCAAGUGGAGACAUUGAGAAUUAUAAUGAUGCUGUUCAGGUCAGAGAUUGUCGUCUGGUUGGUCUUCUUGAUCUUGCACUGGAAAAAGAUUAUGUGCGUUCCAAGGUUGCUGAAUACAUGAACUAUCUCAUUGACAUUGGUGUAGCAGGGUUCAGAAUCGAUGCUUCCAAGCACAUGUGGCCUGGGGACAUGAAGGCAGUUUUGGAUAAACUGCAUAAUCUGAAUAGAAGUUGGUUCCCUGAAGGAAGUAAACCUUUCAUUUACCAAGAGGUAAUUGAUUUGGGUGGUGAGCCAAUCAAAAGCAGUGAGUACUUCGGAAAUGGCCGUGUGACAGAAUUCAAGUAUGGUGCAAAACUAGGCACAGUCAUUCGCAAGUGGGAUGGAGAGAAGAUGUGUUACUUAAAGAACUGGGGAGAAGGUUGGGGUUUCAUGCCUUCUGACAGAGCACUUGUCUUUGUGGAUAACCAUGACAAUCAACGAGGACAUGGAGCUGGAGGAGCAUCUAUUCUUACAUUCUGGGACUCUAGACUAUAUAAGAUGGCUGUUGGAUUUAUGCUUGCUCAUCCUUACGGAGUUACACGAGUGAUGUCAAGCUAUCGUUGGCCAAGAUAUUUUGAGAAUGGAAGAGAUGUUAAUGACUGGAUUGGGCCACCAAAUAAUAAUGGGGUAAUUAAAGAAGUUACUAUUAAUCCAGACACUACUUGUGGCAAUGACUGGGUCUGUGAACAUCGAUGGCGUCAAAUAAGGAACAUGGUAAUUUUCCGUAACGUAGUUGAUGGCCAGCCUUUUACCAACUGGUGGGAUAAUGGUAGCAACCAAGUGGCCUUUGGAAGAGGAAACAGAGGGUUUAUUGUCUUUAACAAUGAUGACUGGCAAUUAUCGUUAACUUUACAAACUGGUCUUCCUGCUGGCACAUAUUGUGAUGUCAUUUCUGGAGAUAAAAUUGGAAGCGAUUGCACAGGAAUUAAAAUUUAUGUUUCCAAUGAUGGCAAUGCUCAUUUUUCUAUUAGUAACUCUGCUGAAGACCCAUUUAUUGCAAUUCAUGUUGAAUCUAAAUUGUGAAAUUCAAAUUAAAUACAUAUACCAAGAACAUUAA